CACCUAUCAACUUCCGGUGUAAACAGUGACACAUUUUAAAGGAAAAUCACCAAUAUUAACUCAACUGGGUUUCUUGGUGCCAUCACUUCAGUCGGGUGAUUUGCUGGACAUUCUGGUUGAUCCAUGACUGAUUGAAACUUAGGCCCCUCUGACAACAUGGGAGCUUGUCUUCAAAUACAUUCUUGCCGAAUUUCUUGAAGAAUUUCCAGAGUGAUGUCGUCAGAUGAGGAUGAGAUACCUGACCUGGUGCCUGCCACGAGCAAAGUGCCUAUUACCAUCAUAACUGGCUUCCUAGGUGCUGGAAAGACAACUCUCCUGAACUACGUUCUUACAGAGCAGCAUGGCAAACGAAUUGCUGUCAUCAUGAAUGAGUUCGGAGAUGGAGACUCAGUGGAGAAGUCUAUGUCGGUGGGAAGCGAGGGGGAGAGGUAUGAGGAGUGGCUGGAACUGCGUAAUGGCUGCCUCUGUUGCUCCGUCAAGGACAAUGGUGUGAAGGCCAUAGAGAACCUGAUGACGAAGAAGGGCAGGUUUGAUUACAUUCUGCUGGAGACCACCGGCCUUGCUGACCCAGGUCCUAUAGCCUCCAUUUUCUGGCUGGAUGAAGAACUGUGCAGCGAUCUCUACCUCGAUGGCAUUAUCACAAUGAUUGAUGCCAAAUACUGCUGGAAAUAUCUUGGAGAAAAGAAAGAAGAUGGGUCAGUUAAUGAAUGCACAAGGCAGAUAGCCCUUGCUGACGUAAUAAUAAUUAACAAAACAGACUUGGUCAGUCAGGACGACCUUCAGGAACUCAAAUCUAAUAUCAGGUCAAUAAAUACUUUUGCCAGGGUUCAGGACACUACACAGGCAAGAACGAAUCUUGAUGUCAUUUUGGACCUGAAUGCCUAUGGUGACCUUAGUCCAGAAAGCCUGGAGGAGACAUUUAGAGACAGAGGUUUCAACACUACAGAUACCCACAACAUUGACAAGUCAGUGACGACCUUGACCUUGGAAGAGGAAGGUCGGGUGGACAAGGAAGCCCUUGAUGUGUUCCUGCAGACCCUUCUAUGGGAGAAAUCUAUGUUCAACUCUAGUAACCAGCCCAUACAGCUCUACAGACUAAAGGGUGUUGUAUGUACGUCAGAGAGUGAACCCCGUGUUGUUAUCCAGGCAGUGCACGAACUCUAUGACUCCCACCCAACCACGCCCUGGGGGUCGGGGGAAAGGAGGAUCAAUAUUCUAGUUUUUAUAGGCAAGAAUCUGGACAGGGAAGUGCUUGAGAAGGGCUUUAAAAACUGCCUUAUAGACCAUACCUGAUGUUUGUUAUCAUUAGCGCUAUGUUGGAAUUUUACUGUUAUUUACUGCAUUCUCUGUACCCUUCAUAAACUCUUCUACUCAACCUGAAG